AUGUCAAGCACUCAAUCAAACCUAUUCAAAGCACAAGAUCUAUCUCUUGCUCAGCCCGAGUUGAGGUACUUUAUCAGUGAUUCGGCGGUAGACAGCUCAAGCAAUGACGACACUGCUGGAACAGACCCCAGCCAACAAAGUGAUUACCUUGGAGAAGCUUCUUCAAGGGGCAUCAUUGUCUGUCACAUUGGAUUGUCGAGAACUGAUUCUAUGAGUAGUCUCGUGAGUGAAAUAUCACUCCCAGAGUCACUUGUGGAAUGGCAAGAAAACGAAUCACAAAGUAGAUUUGCAAGCUCCCCAGCUCCUGACACGAGUGCUCACGAUGCCGCUCCAAGACGCCCAUCGCGGGGACCCACAGCAUUGCUACCCUCAGCGCCUAUGUCUCUGGAUACAAGCCCCAGAAUGCCAGAAAGAAGACGGUGUUGUACGAUUCCACCAAAUGGCACCAUGAGAGUACGAAGAACAAUGCGAAUGGCUUUGACUAAGCUGCGCAACUCAUCAGCAUCUCAUUCAAGCGGAAGUGGAUUUGCACUGGAAGGCGAUGUAACCAAUACGUCUGUGGGUCUGCCGAGCCAAGACAAAUCCCCUACCUUCCCUCUGAGAAUGAACAGCAUUGCUUCUUCAGCGUGCUAG